AUGAAAAUACAUUCAAUCAAAAUAAUUUUACAUGAAAGUCUAUGUAAUUUGAUUAUAAAAUUCUUUAGAACAAAGGAUAAGGAUAAAACAAACUUUUUAAUAUAAAUGGAUCCUUCACCAUAUUUAUAUGCAAAAAGAUAGUUAUAUAAAUAAUAUCAUUAAAAAGUUGAACAAAUAAUAAAUGAUGUAAGAAUCAAGAUUAUGAAAGAAUUUAUUUGAAUAAUAUCCAAUUUUGCCAAUUGAUACAAAUUAAUUAAAAAUCGAUUUACCAAUUUUUGAUUCAAUUCAUUUAAUAAAGGCAAAUCCCUUAUUAAACUCAGAAUAAAAAUAAGAAAUAUGAGGAUAUUAAAAUGGUGAAAAACUUGGUUAUUAUUAAUAACUUUUUCAGACUCUUUAAGAAUAUAAAAAUAAUUAAUAAGAACUUACUCCUUAAUUAAUUUAAGAAAGUGAAGUUAUGUCUUAAAAUCUUGCAUAAUUAUUAGAAAUGACUCAAUUAUAUGCAAAUCAAUAGAGCAGUGUAGAUAUAUCUUAAUUUGGUUUAUUUUAGGCAUUAUAUAGAACAAUUUUAAAAGGUUCAAAGGUUUAUUUGAUUGGAUUAUCAUAAAUAUAUUAAAGAAUCUAUAUUGGAAUAAUUAUGUAAUUACCGGAUGUAAAGAACAUGAUAAAAGAGUUUUGUGAAUAUUCAUUAUAAAGUAAAUAUAAUAAUUUGAAUUACUUUUUUGAAUACUCAACAAUGAUAUGGAUAGAGAAAGCUAUUGAAUAUUAUAUGCUUUAUAGUAUAAACCGAUUUUUGAAACGUAAAGAAGAGAAUGAAGUAACAUUCAUUGUAGAUUCAUUACACUUUGAUCCUUUAAAAAGUGCAAUUUAAUAAUAAAAUAAUAAAUUUGUAAAUGAAUGUGAAAAUAGUUAUUUCUAUGAAUUUUAAUAUCCAGAUCCUGAAAAUAAGAAACAGAUGAGUAGAUACUUGAUAAACAUGCAAUUUUUUAUUGUAUAUUGGAUCAUUAGAUUUGGAGAGAACCUUGUAUAAACAAUCCUUUCCCAUAUUUAUCAAUUAAUUAUAAUGAGAUGA